GGGAGUUGUGAGACUUCCAUUUUCAAACCCGAGACGAAAGAAGGGACGAUGUUUUUCUUUGUUUACUUGAAUUUUUAUGUUGUUAAAGUUCUGUAGCUUUCGAGAAUAUUUCAUUUUGUGAUAAACUACGAUAAGAAACGAUGGAUUCAACAGAAGACGACAUAUCUGCUCGGGUUUUGUUGAGGAGAGUUCUGCACACGGAGUUACCAAGGUCUCCUGUAACCUCUAGUGCAACAAAUGUACGGCGGAGCAUGAGGCUGAAAAACACCCCUGGACUGGAGAGUCCUGGAUCUGCCUUACGACACAGACUCAAGAAGAAGCUCCAUGAGAGUGCCUCCCUGUCACCCCUCCCUUCACCUAAACGGCCAAGGUCAAUGGUGCCAAAUACGAACCCUCCUGUGACGGUCCCGUCCCCAGUGUAUGAUGAGGACAUGACCACUCGUGGUCUGCUCAGGGGGAUCAUUCAGAUGGAGACCGAAGCGUCACUGCUGAUGUCUGGUCAGCCUGCACUUCAAGCAUCAGAGCCGAAUCCAGCCGAGGCCAGUGUGUCCAGCGCUGGAGAGAGAACUGAAGGUCUGUCUGGAGUGGAGCUGUCUGAUCUGACUCUGAACACUGAACCCCUGACGCAUGUGGUCAGAGGACUGAGCCGCAGGAGACCACAGCGUGCCUUCAGUGCGUCAGCGUUCGAGAAACAGUUAGAUCAACUGCCAGAGGACGUCUCGCAUGUCUCUCAUAAAGGUGAUAUCUCUGAGGAGAAAGCGGAUGCAUCUCAAGAUUUAGAUUGGUCUUCUGGCUCAAAAAGUGGCCUGAACCUGACCUUGAAGACCCCAUUUGUAGAGAAGCGCAUUGAGAGGGUAGGGCUUCAGAGGAAGGUGUCCAAUCGGAGGCUGCCAUCUGUGGAUGCAUUUGAUGAGGCCGUUCAGAGAUGCUUGGAGCAGGGUCCCAACCAAGAUCACUCUUUAUUUCAGGAUGGAAAAACCCUAGAAGAUUCUUCCUGGCAGAAGUUCACACUCUGCCUCAAUGAUGUCACAGAGCUUUACGUCCAGCCUAAAAAAGACGACACAGCGGGACCGUCUGCAGAGAUGGAGAGGGAUGCAGAGUACGAGAGAGAAUAUGAGCUUGAGAGAGCCAGUGAAAUUCCCGACUCAGUACCUUUAAUUCAAGAAGGAAAAGAUCAUGAGUUGGAAUCACAGGAUGAUGAUGAGGAAGAUGUGGUGCCUUCAUCCCAAGAGAAUAUGUUUUUGAGUCCAGAAGAUGAUAUUGUACUUGCUCCAACGCAGGCAAUGACAGAAUCACUUCCUGAAUCUCGUGAUGUGGAGCUACAAGAUCGAGAAUUUGUGGAGGAAGUUGAGAUUGGGAACGUUGUGGAAAUUGAGGAUCAGAAAGUUGUGGAAAUUGAGGAUGACAGCAUUGAGGAUGAGAAUGUUGUGGAAGAUGAGGUUGAGGAAGUUCAGGAUGAGAAUGUUGAGGAGAUCGAGGAUGAGGAGGUUGUUGAAGCUGAACAUAGAACAGAGAACCCAGACACCUCACAGUAUCUAGAGCGAAUAACUCGUAGAGCUCACCGCUCAGAGGGAGGAGGCUCUGUCUUGGGAAUUCCAGCUGCCACGAGAGUCACAAAGAGUUUUGGAGCUGGAUUGAACCCCAGAGAGAAAGAUCUUUUGGAUUUUAUAGAUGGGAACAGAGACUUACAGGACUUUUCAGAUGAAGAAAGAGAACCACCGGGCAGCCCUGAGUUUCCUCAGCUCCACCCUGCAGCAGAGCUCAGCACACCAGAGCAGAGGUCACAGCAACAUGAGGCUAGUCUGGCUGAGGAAGAUGUGCCAGAGUUUGAAGAAGAUGAUGACGCUCCAGAAGAACUAAACCAAUCAGAGGAGGAGGAGGAGCUGAUGGACUCUGGGUCAGCCAGUCAGAGCCCUGAACUUGCACAGGAAGAGGAGGAGGAAGAGGACGAUGAUGACGACGCUCUUAGUGCAGAACUGUCCGUGAAAACUCCUGCGUUUGUAAGACAGAAGAGAGUUUUCACAAGUUCUAUUGAGCAGGCUAUGCCAACAGCCCUUAAAGAAGUGAAUGCUGGUCCUGCCCCUCAGGUUGCCAAACGAGCCCCCAGACAGAAGCGUCAGACAGGGGUUGAUGUUCUUCCCAAGAGUUACGUCAUGAGUAUGUUCAAGCACUUCGCCAAAACCAGGGUGGCCAGUGACAUCUACCCUGCCAUUAAUGAAAUUCUUAAGAAGUACUUUGAACGGCUUGCAGAUGAUCUGGAAGCGUACUCUACUCACGCCAAACGUAAAACUAUUGAGGUUGAAGAUUUUGAGCUCCUCAUGAGAAGGCAGGGCUUUGUGACAGACAGCACGCCUGUCAAUAUACUGAUAGAGAAAUAUCUUCCGCUGGAGUAUCGGAAACUUCUCAUCCCGGUGGCCACUAGUGGAAACAAAGUCAUCCCAAAACAAAGAAGGUGAACAUGCAGAUGUGACGGCCAUCUUUAAUCACUGGAGAAGGCGGCUUCGCAUAUCUGCAUGUGUUCUUGUAAAUUUGUUCAUAUGUUCAAAACAAUAAAUGCCUUGAUUUGUAAAUAAGGAUUUGUGUAAUAUAUAUCUGCUAUUUGUUGCAGCACCAUUAAGAAAAUAAGCUUUCAGUUCUUUGUAUGUUUUAGCAAUUUAUGUAUAUUUUCCAAAACAAAAAUUAAAA